AUGGACUGCCAUCGCCUCCGCCUGCUCUUCUCCGUCCUCCUGUCUCUCCUGCUGCUGCUGCGGAGGGCACGCCCCUCGCUAGGCGCCCCGAUCGCCGUCGAUGUCGUGUACCCCAAUUUCACGGCCUCCAACAUGCACUUUAUCGACACCUCCGGCGUGUUCCUGCAGUCUCCCUCCAACACCUUUCACGCAGUGAUUGACUCCCUGGGAACCCAGCAGCCCGACGACUUCUACUUCUCCGUCGUGCACGUCGCCAGCGCCACCAUUGUUUGGUCGGCCAACCGCGGGGCGCCGGUGGGCAACGUCGCGGAGCUCGUCCUCUCCGCCGAGGGGCUCUCCCUCUCCAUCUCCGAUGGGCGGCCCCCCGUUUGGUCCACUCCUCGCCUCGCCGGCGCCGUCUCCGCUAUGCGCCUCGCGGACACGGGCAACCUCCUCCUCCUCGGCAGAGGCAACACCACCCUCUGGGAGAGCUUCAACCAGCCCACCGACAGUUUCCUCUCCGGCCAGCGCCUCCGAGUGGGCGGCACCGGGCUCGCCAGCUCCUCCUCCACCUUCAACUUAACCCCCGGCGACUUCCGGCUGAUCGUCACCGCCGACAACGCCCUGCUGCAGUGGGACAAGGGGGAGCAGCGGUACUGGAGCUUGUCUGCCGACGCGAGGGCCGCCAAGAACGCCAACGCCGCCGCCUCCCACCUGGCUAUGAACGCCUCCGGCCUCUAUCUCCUAAGCGACGGCGGCGAGGUGGUGUGGCAGACGAGUCUCCCGCUGGCGAGCCUGCGGAUAGGGAAGCUUGACAGUGACGGGCGGCUCAGGAUCUUAAGCUACACGUUAGCCAAUUCCUCGACCCCGCAGAACGAGUUCGUCGCCCCCGCCGACGACUGCGAUCUUCCGGUGCACUGCGCCGCCCUCGCUGUCUGCACAGAGGAGCAGAGCUCCUGCUCCUGCCCGCAGGGAUUCACCAACGAAGAAGGCGGCUGCGUGCCCUCCGACGGCUCCCGGCUUUCCUCGCCGUCGUCCUGCGGCGGGACCACCCCGGGUUACUACGGCCUGCCGACGGGGAUGGACUACUUCGCCAAGAAAUUCCGGACGGCGGCGGCUACUGGAGUCAAUUUGCCGGCCUGCCAGAGCCUCUGCUCGCAGAACUGUUCCUGCGUCGGCUUCUACCACCGGAAUUCCACCGGUUCCUGCUUCUUGUUGGAGGCGCAGUUGGGUUCCUUCAAAACACCCGCGAGCGGCGAGAACGACGGUGAUCUGGGCUUCGUGAAGGUGCUACCGCCGGCAUCGCCCUUGCCGGCGUCUUCCCGGCGGAGGAACCUGCCCACCUACAUACUCCCGAUCUUGCUCCCCUCCAUCUCCGUCUUCCUCUUGGUGGUGCUGGUGGCGAUCAUCCUAGUCCGGAUGCGGCUCCGGCGGCGAGAGGCGAGAUCGAGGUACCCGAGCAAGGAGAUCAAGCUCGGGCGGUUCAAGUCGUGGCCGCCGUCGGCGGUGGAUGGGGGGGAUGAUAAGGACGACGGCGACGACGACAUCUCCAUCCCGGGGCUGCCGACGAGGUUCAGCUACGAGGAGCUGAGGGCGGCCACGGACGACUUCCGGACGAGGAUCGGCUCCGGCGGGUUCGGUGAGGUCUUCAAGGGGGUCCUGUCGGACAGCUCCGCCGUGGCCGUGAAGCGGAUCAUCAACGCCGGCGCGCACGGGAAGCGGGACUUUUGUACGGAGAUUGCCGUCAUCGGCAACAUCCACCACGUCAACCUCGUCAAGCUCCGCGGCUUCUGCGUGCAGGGCUCCAGGCGCCUGCUGGUGUACGAGUACAUGAGCAGGAGCUCCCUCGACCGGUCGCUCUUCGCCGGUAGGGGCUCGCCGGUGCUGGAGUGGCGCGAGCGGGUGGAGAUCGCCCUCGGGACGGCGCGCGGCCUGGCCUACCUCCACGGCGGCUGCGACCACAAGAUUAUCCACUGCGACGUGAAGCCGGAGAACAUCCUGCUGAGCGACCAGCUGCAGGCGAAGAUCACCGACUUCGGCCUGUCCAAGCUGCUGUCGCCGGAGCAGUCCGCCUUCUUCACCACCAUGCGCGGCACGCGUGGGUACCUCGCCCCCGAGUGGCUCACCAACUCCUCCAUCUCCGACCGCACCGACGUCUACAGCUACGGCAUGGUGCUGCUGGAGAUCGUCCGCGGGCGGAAGAACUGCGUACUCGUCGGGCCCAGCGGCGACAGCAAAGUCAUCUCGGCGGAGAACUCCGCCAGCGGGUCCUCCUUCUCCUCCUCCGCCGCCGUCUCCUCAGGUGGCGCUGCCAACGUGGUGUACUUCCCCAUGCACGCGCUGGAGAUGCACGAAAGGGGGAGGUACCUGGAGCUGGCCGACCCGCGGCUGGAGGGACGGGUGGAGGCGGCGGAGGUGGAGAAGGUGGUGCGGGUGGCGCUCUGCUGCCUCCACGAGGACCCGGCAUUGCGUCCCGCCAUGGCCACAGUCGUCGGCAUGCUAGAGGGAACCAUGCCCGUGCCGACACCGCUCUCGGCGUACCUCAACUUCCUCAGGUUCUAUGGCCGGAACUUCUCGGCGAACCCCGGGACGCCGGCGACGCCGGCGACGCCGGCGCAGCCGCCGGCGGUGGGCCACGGCGGCUUCUACGGGCGGACGGACUUCACGGCGACCGUCGCCAGCACGGGCACCACAAACAGCACCUCUAAGUCUUACCUCUCGGCCCAGCAGCUGUCGGGUCCGAGAUAG